AUGUCACGUAAUCCAAAGCAAGUUAAAUGUGUAUUAAAUGGAAAAGAUAAUAUUCGUGAGUUGUCUGGUACUACUUCGCCGACAGAAAGAAAAUACAAAUAUCGUUGGACUCAUAUAGUGCUGUUUGGAUUAUUCCAUAUCCAAGCAAUUUAUGGAAUGUAUUUGUCAUUAACGUCAGCCAAAUUACUAACAAAUAUUUUUGCGUACGUCCUCAGCUGGUUAUCAGGAUUUUCUUUAGCUGCUGCAGCACAUCGUUUAUGGUCACAUCAUGCAUAUAAAGCAACGUGGCAAUUAAAAUUAAUUUUUAUGCUUUUACAAACUAUGGCAUUUCAGGAGUCGCUUUACCUAUGGUGUAGAAACCAUCGAAUGCAUCAUAAAUUUCUGGAUACGGAUGCUGAUCCACAUAAUUCAAGACGUGGAUUUUUUUAUUCUCAUAUCGGUUGGUUAAUUGUUGAACCACAUCCAGAAUAUAUGGCAAAACGAAAAUUGAUUGAUAUGUCCGAUUUGAAAAAAGAUCCAUUUAUAAGAUUUCAGAUUAGAUAUUAUUACCCAUUGUUAUUUUUAUUGUGUUUUCUUUUACCAACGAUAAUUCCUUGGUAUUAUAUAUUCCUGCGUUACAUACUUGUACUGAAUUCAACAUGUUUAGCAAAUAGUUGGGCACAUAUUUGGGGUACCCAACCAUACGAAAAGGGUAACAGUGGGCGCAAUUCUUUUUUUAUGUCAUUGAUAGCUAUGGGUGAAGGUUGGCAUAACUAUCAUCAUACAUUUCCAUGGGAUUAUAGAACUAGUGAAUUAGGUGGCUGGCACAUGACUCCCAUAGUGGUGAUAUUAAACCUACUUGCUAAAGUUGGUUGGGUUUACGAUAUGAAAACUGUUUCGAAUGAUAUGAUACUAAAGCGCAUUCAACGAACGGGUGAUGGUUCACAUCCAACCGCAAUUUGGGGUUGGGGUGAUCUUGAACAAUCUAAGGAGAAUAAAAGUUUUUGUGAGAAAAAAAAACUAACCUACAUGGAGAGAAAAAAUUCAACUCAAUAUGAUGGAUCCGAGGAAAUUAGAGAAGCAUUAAACACAAACACAAGAAUACAAAGUAAUAAAAAAAAUUGGAAAGCUACAAAACGUUGCAAUCAACCGCUACAAGCUCUUCCACCCUUAAGAAAUCAAGAACGUUCAUGGGCAAGGAGCAACAAAGAAAAAGCUGAUCUUUUUGCUCAAGAAUUGAAAGAAACAUUUUCCAAUUCACUAGAUGCACCCGACGAAGAAAUUGAACAGUUCUUGAGUGCUCCUCUACAAUUAUCCCCACCAAUAGAGGCUUUUUCUCUAAACGAAAUUUAA